AUGUCAACAACACAAGCCGAUGUUGAUAUCAACGUCGAUGUCAAUGCCGAUGCCGAUGGACCCUCACGGGCCGAGCCGUCGGAACAGGUCAUAGAGGAGUGGAAGAAACCGCGUAUCAAUAUCUUGCGGCUCGUUGCGGCGUUUUGGGCCUUCUUGAUCAACGGCAUGCACGAUGCCUGCCUUGGGCCCCUGAUUCCAUAUCUCGGAGCAUAUUACAACAUCAACUACACGGUCGUCUCCCUCCUCGUUCUCUCGCCCUUCCUCGGAUAUCUAGCCGCAGCCCUGGUCAACAACCGCAUGUUCCUACGGUUCGGCCGCCUCGGGGCUGCAACCAUUGCACCAGGCGCGAGGCUGAUCACCUACGCCGUCGUCGCCGCCCACCCUCCCUUCCCUGUCGUCAUCGUCAUGCUCGUCCUUGCCGGGUUUGGUAGCGGUCACCAGGAUGCUAGCUAUAACGCUUGGCUGGGUACCACGAAUGGUGCAACCCACUUGUUGAGUUUCUUGCACGCAUUCUACGGGCUUGGGGCUCUGCUGGCUCCCUUGAUCGCGACGUCGAUGAUUGUCAAGGGGGGACUGAUGUGGUAUACAUUUUUCUACUUGAUGAUGGCCUUGGAAAUCCUGGUGGCCGCUCCGGCAUUCUGGGAUGAGGCAGGCGCUGCCCGGGGCACAUCCUCUGAGGGCACGUUCAAAAGCAAGGGUGUGCUCCGGGAAUCUACUCUCCAAAGACCAGCCGCUCGGGUGACCUGGCUGUGCGCCCUCUUUAUGUUGGGCUACGUGGGCACGGAAGUCGCUCUAGGCGGCUGGAUCACAACCUUCGCGCUCAAAGUACGAAAGGCCGACUCCUUCAGCAGCGGCAUGGCGGCAAUGGGCUUCUGGUUGGGCCUCGCCUUGGGCCGCUUCACCCUCGGCUUCAUGACCAGCUGGCUCGGGGUACGACUAGCCGUGAGCAUCUAUCUCCCCUUAACAGUCGGAUUCCAGCUCCUCUUCUGGCUGGCCCCGCAGUUCUACGUGUCCACCGUGGCCGUUGCGCUGGAAGGCUAUUUCCUUGGGCCAAUAUUCCCCGCUGCCGUCAUCGCCCUGUCCAACCUGCUCCCCGUCCGUCUGCACAUCUCAGGCAUCGGCUUUGCAGCCACUGCCGGGAAAUCAGGCGGUUCCAUCUUCCCUUUUGCAGUCGGGGCUAUUGCGCAGGUCAAGGGGGUUGAGGUGUUGCAGCCGAUCAUAGUCGCUCUCGAGGCGGCGAUUCUGGUUCUUUGGCUUUGCUUGCCUAAGUUACCAAAGUAG